AAAUGCCUCACUCUUUCGGUCUCCGUGCUCGUACUCGCCACAUGUUCUCUCGUAAUUUCAGAGAACAUGGUUCUAUUCCUCUCUCUACUUACUUGAAGACCUACAAGGUUGGCGAUAUUGUCGAUAUCAAGGCCAAUGCUGCUGUCCAAAAGGGUAUGCCUCACAAGUUCUACCACGGUCGUACUGGUGUUAUUUACAAUGUCACCAAGACCUCUGUCGGUGUCAUUGUCCACAAGAAGGUCGGUAACCGUUUCAUGGAAAAGCGUGUCAACAUCCGUAUUGAACACAUCAAGCACUCCAAGUGUCGUCAAGAAUUCUUGGACCGUGUUAAGGCCAAUGCCCAAAAGAAGAAGGAAGCCAAGGAAGCUGGUAUCUCUUUCAAUUUGAAGAGAAUCCCUGUUCAACCCCGUGAGGCUCGUCAUGUUUCUACCAAGUUCAAUGUUCCUCAAACCAUUGCUCCUAUUGCUUAUGAAACUCUCUUGUAAAUUCACAAAUUAAUAAACUAAGCCUUCAUUGAUGUGUGACUGAAAUAUCUUUUUUUUUAAAACUUGUCAUUGUCGGCAUUUUCCAACCAUGGUUGUUUAUGCUGUCAAUGGCGGAGCAAAUUCUUUUUUUUUU